AACGAGCGUUUCUCGACCGAAAGAAUCGUACAUUUUCGCACACAGACGCGCGUAGUACGAGCACGAAAUUAAGAGGUGGGGGUGUGGCGUUUGGUUUCGUUGCUCUUGCUGAUGUGGAAGUCGAAGUCGAAGAGUUGUCAUUCCUCGCGUUCGUUUCGGUGAGAGACGCCGCUCGGACACUCUUCAGCUGAGUUUCUCGCAGCUUCCUUUUUUUUUUUUUUUUUUUUUCACGCCGAUGCAUUUCCGUGGAAUACUACAUCUCAUGUUUCUACAAAUCUUAUUCGGUUUCUCCAUCCUGGCGACGGCGAUCCCGAAGCCGGACGUGGAGCAACGCAUUUUAAACAAGGACGUCAGUAAUGAAGAUCAUUAUAUCAACUCGCAACACAACUCAGCCUAUGAUCAUGAAGCUUUCCUUGGAGAAGAGGCUAAAACAUUUGAUCAGCUUACUCCUGAAGAAAGUACCAGAAGACUAGGGAUAAUUGUCGAUAAAAUAGACAAUGAUAAGGAUGGCUAUGUGACACAAGAGGAGCUUAAGGAUUGGAUAAUGUAUACACAACAGCGUUAUAUUAGGGAUGAUGUGGAACGUCAGUGGAGAUCUCAUAAUCCUGAUGGAAAGGAUAAAAUAUCUUGGAAGGAGUAUACAGCAAUGGUUUAUGGCGAUAUAGAUGAAUAUGAGAAGGAAAGGCAGGAUAAAUCAGACGACGACUCUUUUUCGUAUCUUCACAUGCUGAAGAGAGAUCGCAGAAGAUGGGCAGCUGCGGAUUUGGAUGGGGAUGAUGCUCUGACCAAGGAGGAAUUUACUUCCUUCCUUCAUGCUGAACAGGCAGAUCACAUGAAGGAUGUGAUAGUGUUAGAAACAAUGGAGGAUAUUGAUAAAGAUAAAGAUGGAAAGAUAUCUCUUAUAGAAUAUAUUGGUGAUAUGUACAAAGGCAGUGAGGAUGAAGAGGAACCGGAAUGGGUGAAAAAUGAGAAAGAACAAUUUUCUUUAUACAGAGACAAAGAUAGGGAUGGAUUCUUGAAUGCCGAUGAGGUAAAGACAUGGAUUAUUCCCGCGGAUUUUGAUCACGCAGAAGCAGAAUCAAGGCACUUGAUUUAUGAAGCUGAUACGGAUGCGGAUCACAAACUCACGAAGGACGAAAUUUUGGAAAAAUACGACAUAUUUGUCGGAUCUCAGGCGACAGAUUUUGGCGAAGCGUUAGCGAGGCAUGAUGAGUUUUAGCGAGUUGUAAUCUCAUGAAGAAAAAAACGAACUACUACUAACGAACAAAUUACUUAUAACGCUUAUACUUAAAAUCUUCUAGUUCAUACAAAUAAUCUUAUAAAAUAAGAGCCGAAGAUUCUCUAUUUAUAAAAAACAGAAUUCAUCUAUUUACUCCAACAAAUAUGUUUUUUUAUAUUGUUGUGAAAUAUAAAAUAUUUUUUAUCAUUAUAUAAAAUAUAUCGUUAUAAAAUAUCUACAUAUAAUUAAUUAAUAUAGAGAAGAUAAGUGCAUGAUGAAAUGCUAUAUCUGCCAAAAAGUGUAAAGAUUGAUUAGCUAUUGUUAUAAUAAACUUUUGAUAUUGUCAUUGUAUUAA